UUUCAAUAAUUAAUAAAAUGACGAUGAUUUAAAUGAAAUAGCUAUAUCUUCACAAACGGCAGGUCCACUGUCAGCUGGUUUCGAGAGUUCUGCUCAAAAAUAAUUGCUUAUUGUUACUCUACAAAAUGACGCAAGUCGCAGACGUCGCAGUGCUUAUAUUCAAUUUCGAAAUUCUAUAAUGAUCUUUAUAGUGAAGAUAAAAUAUUUGGCAAUUUACUACUUAAAAGCUGGUAUUUCAUUUUGUCGCUAUGAAAAGCGAUAGCAAUAAAAUGCUACCCGGUAUCGGUGUUUUCGGCACAGGCGCUGUUGCAAAGGUUUUGGUUCCAUUCUUGAGAGAAAAGGGAUUUUCCGUCGAAGCAAUAUGGGGUGUUACAGCGCAAGAAGCGGAAGCGACAGCCAAGGAACUGAAAAUUCCUUUUCACACAAACAAAAUUGAUGAUGUUUUGUUAAAAAAAAAUGUGAGUUUAGUUUUUAUAGUGUGCGCUCCGAAUUUACACGCACAGAUAUCUGUGAAGGCGCUAGGGAUAGGUAAACAUGUGGUCUGUGAUAAGCCAGCUGGGUUGUGCCAGGCUGAGGCUUUGAAGAUGGUGAGGGCAGCCCAGUACUACCCAACACUGAUAUCAAUAAUCAACCAUUCACUAAGAUUUUUGCCUGCCUUUAGCCACAUGAGAAAGAGUAUUAUGGAUGGUUACUUGGGAAAUCCAGGUGAUCUUACACUGAUCGAUGUAAGGGUGCAGAUGGGGUCCUUACUUGGGGAAACCUACAACUGGCUUUGUGACGACACAAUGGGUGGAGGAACCUUAACUCUGGUAGGAAGCCAUGUUAUUGAUCUGGUCUCGUAUCUCAGUGGACAAAAGGUUACUAAGGUGCAUGGAGUUCUACGCACCUUUGUGGAGGAGACGGCUCAAGUGAAUGGCAUAAGAAGAAUAACAGCGCCUGAUUUUUGUACAUUCCAGUUGCAGAUGGACAGAGGAUUAUUGGUCACUGCAACACUAAACAACCACUUGCCGGGGCCAUAUUUUAAUCAAGAAAUUUAUGUUUUUAGUAAAAAGGGUUAUCUAGUGGUAAGAGGUGGAGAUUUACAUGGGAAAUUGCAUAAAACAAAUAACAAAGGCACAGAAGACGAUAAACGAGCUAUAGACAAGGAGGAGGUAAUCUACGUAGAUGUUGAAGAUUUAAGUUGUGCAUCGAGUGUUAUUCCCAAGCCCUACAUAAAAGGACUUUGCAAAAUGAUAAGUGCACUGAAGGAAGCGUUCCAACCAGUUAAAGAACAGAUGGACUGGAUAAAAGAACCGGUGAAAACAGCUGCGACUUUUGAGGAUGGUCAAAGGGUGCAGGCAACCAUGGAAGCUUUACGGCAAUCCAACGAGGAUGGUUGCUGGAAAACUGUGCAGUUGCUUACCGAACCCCCAGAUCCUAAUCCAGCUUUGUCCGCCGCUGUGAGAAGAACUGCAAUCUCUUUGCAGUGAUAACAUUUUGCCUUAUAUUUUAAGAUUUAUCAGCACGUCUCUAUAUUUUACAAACUAACUUGCUUAAGAUGACAAAUAUUUUGCCAUAAAAUUAUACAAAUUAAGCAAUUUGCCAUACUUUAAAAUAUUGUAAAGAA